AUGGUCAAGAAAGGACAGUCCUCCUCGAAAGGCGGACCGAAACCAGGCACAUCUGCCGGUAAAAAACCACCCCCAUCAGCACCCGCCGCAGAUGAUAGUUUUAUCGUGUUUUCGAAUUCAGAUAAAGAACCAAAGCAAAGGAAGCCACCAGGUGAAGGACAAGAUGGACCCGACUUACUGGGCGAGGCGCCCAAGAGACCGGAUGUGAAGAAAUUGAUUGGGGGACAAUCAUGGACGGGGAAGUUACCAGUCAAUUUACUCUCGGAACAUUGUCAAAAGCAAAAAUGGGAGAAGCCGGAAUAUACUAUGAUCAAAACUCCGGAAGGGUUCUCGUCGAUGGUUAUUCUUAAAGCUAGGAAUACGAAAACUCAAGAACUAGUAUCACUUGCCCCGUUCAAAUUACCUCCUACGCACAAACAUCUCGCCGUCAAACCAACAGCCCUUGAAGCUAGACAUUUCGCUGCCACAUAUGGACUUUUCCGGGUUCUCAACAUGCGAAAUAUUCAUAUGACACUCCCACCCGAUUAUCGAGAUUUGUGGAAGGGAGAGUUCGAGGUCUUGAAGAAAGAAGAUGUCAAAGAAGGAAAGGCAUGGAUGUAUGAGGCGGAUCCGUUUGCCGCGUUGAGAGAAAGAGAAGAUGCCAAAGCCGCGAUGGAGAAGAGACGGAAUGAGCAGCAAAAAGCUAGGGAGAAGGCCAUGAAUACACCAGGAUCGGCAGGUCCAGGGGGUGCAGGCUUGGCUUUACGUGGCAAUGGAAGUAACGGCACAAAUUCAGCUGGAGGGUCGUCACAUAACAACAUUCACCGAGGAUGGACGAAAGUUCCCAAAAUCGAGAUGGGCAAGCGAACGCGAACUAAGGUCGAAGGUUUAGUUAGGAGAAAUGCUAUCUGGAACCCACAUGAUGUCAGAUUGUCAGACUUUCAGAAGCAUUCGAUUGUGAAAGAGUUCAAGACUCUUGAAUUCAGGCAAAGUCACAUUGAAGAAGCUGUGGAAAUAUGCAAGGAUCGAGAGGAGACCCUUGAGUGGUUACUCAUCCAUGUUCCGGAGGAUGAUUUACCAAGAUGGGCAUUGCCGGAAGGUUAUGUUGCUGGCAUUAGUAUGGCAAGCAGUGAUUUGAAGCGUGAAGGUGCGAUUAAGAGAUUGGCUGAAGCUGGAUACUCCCUGGAACUUUGCAAGCAGAUAUUUGAUAUCCAUAACGAAGAAGGUAAAGCUUCCGAGGCCUUGCAACACAUACUCAUGUCAAGCGGGAAAGAUCUGGAAUCGACUCCGGAUGAAGACUCUUGGGAUACCGAGGAUGCUAGAGAAUCCUCCGAAGAAAUCUGGGAAGAGGAAUUGAUUGGACUUCAAUCCGUUUUUGGUGAAAAAUAUUCCCGUCCAUCAAAAGACGUUUGCAGAAUUACGAUCAAACCCUCAAAUCGUGGCACAAAUCUUCCUGUCGAACCUGUCAUCCAAUUUCGACGAUCUAAAGAAUAUCCUCAAAAGGUUCCGAUCAUAUCUGUCCACGUUCAAUUACCGGCAUACAUUCGUCUGAGCAUCAUGAAGCAGGCGCUAAAUCACGCGUUGGAGGGAUUACUCGGUGAGCAUAUGUUAUUUUUCCUGAUUGAUUGGGUGGAACAAAACCUUUACAAUAUCAUUGAAAGGCCUGGGAAACUCAGUGAUGUUUCGGCCGCUGCCUCAAUAGUCAGUGAAGUCCAACCAGUCCGUAGGAGAAGACAGAACAUCUCGAGACAUCCUAGAGCAAUCAAAUGGAUUGCAAAUAACAGGAGUAAGGAAGAGUGGACGAGUCGACAGCUGAAUCCAAAGUUGGAAUCAAUGAUGAAAGGUCGAAGAACUUUACCGGCAUGGGAGAUGAAGGAUAUUAUUGUUGAUACCGUCAGCUCGCACCAAGUUACUAUUAUCUCGGGAGAAACUGGUUCUGGUAAAUCGACCCAAUCAGCCCAAUUCAUCUUGGAUGACAUGUAUCAACGAGCAUUCGGAGAUUGCGCAAAGAUUAUUUGCACGCAACCUAGACGUAUCUCUGCCCUUGGAUUGGCGGAUCGUGUUAGUGACGAACGAUGUUCCGUUGUUGGCCAAGAGGUUGGAUACAUAAUUCGAGGAGAGUCGAAAGCAUCACCGAAUACCAAGAUUACUUUUGUCACCACAGGUGUACUUCUUAGGCGACUACAGACAUCUGGAGGAAGUAGUCAAGAUGUUGUCGCGUCACUUGCUGACGUCAGUCAUGUCAUCAUCGAUGAGGUCCAUGAGAGAUCUUUGGAUACUGACUUCUUGCUUGUUCUCUUAAGAGAUGUUCUCCGCCAACGCAAGGACCUGAAACUAAUCCUGAUGAGUGCCACUUUGGAUGCUGGCGUAUUUGAGGAUUACUUUAAGAGUGGUGGGAAGGUUGGCAGAGUUGAGAUUAGUGGCCGCACAUACCCAGUCGAAGAUUACUAUCUUGAUGAUGUUAUUCGAAUGACUAAUUUCAAUCCUGGAUUUGGUGGGAAAUACCAAGAAGACAACCAGGAGACAUCUGGUAUGGAUUCGGACGUUGCAGCUGCCAUUCAAAGUAUUGGUAUGAGGAUUAAUUAUGAUUUGAUUAGUCAAACUGUCAAGGAAAUCGAUGCCGAAUUAACUCAUCUGAAACAAGAUGGUGGAAUUCUCAUCUUCAUGCCAGGUCUGGUUGAAAUCACUCGAACACUCGAUUAUUUGAAAUCGAUACCGAAUCUACAUGCCCUACCAUUACACGCUUCAUUGCAGUCCGCAGACCAACGAAGAGUAUUCCCACACGCCCCGUAUGGCAAACGAAAAGUUAUUGUUGCCACAAAUGUCGCCGAAACCUCGAUCACAAUUGACGAUAUUGUUGCGGUAAUUGAUACUGGUCGUGUGAAGGAGACAAGUUAUGAUCCUCAAAACAAUAUGCGAAAAUUGGAAGAAGUUUGGGCUUCACGUGCUGCAUGCAAACAAAGAAGAGGUAGAGCAGGUCGUGUGCAAGCUGGAAAGUGUUACAAGUUGUAUACACGAAAUGCCGAGAAAUCGAAAAUGAUGGAGAGACCAGAGCCUGAAAUUAGAAGAGUACCGCUUGAACAAUUAUGUUUAUCUGUACGAGCCAUGGGAAUUAAAGAAGUUGGAUCAUUUUUAGCUAGUGCAAUUACUCCUCCCGAAAGUAUGGCUGUUGAUGGUGCUAUGGACUUACUUGGGAGAAUGGGUGCUCUUGAUGGAGAUGAUCUUACUGCACUGGGUCGUCAUCUAUCGAUGAUCCCUGCUGAUCUUCGUUGCGGUAAACUCAUGGUUUAUGGUGCUAUGUUUGGUUGUUUGGAUGCUGCCGUCACAAUUGCAGCAAUACUGACUGUCAAAUCGCCUUUUGUAUCACCGCAGGAUAAGAGAGAAGAGUCAAAAUCUGCAAGGGCGAGGUUUGCCAAAAAUCAAGGUGAUUUGAUUGGAGAUCUCCGAGCUUUUGAGGAGUGGUAUGAGAUGUUCAAUAAUAGAAAUUAUCGACAAGGAGAAGUUCGAAACUGGUGUAGUGACAAUUUCCUUUCAUAUCAGACACUCAACGAUAUCUCCUCAAAUCGGACCCAAUAUCUGACUUCUCUUCGCGAAAUUGGUUUCAUUCCAUCGUCAUCUAUUCUUCCUCCAGCUUUGUCGGCCAAAUCGUCGAAUAAUGCUCUCAUUCGAUCUCUGUGUGCUGGAGCCUUCAAUCCUCAACUAGCACGUAUCGACUUUCCCGAUAAGAAGUUUGCAGCUUCAGUCUCUGGUGCUGUCGAGUUAGAUCCAGAAGCGAAAACAAUUAAAUACUUCAAUCAAGAGAAUGGACGCGUGUUUGUCCAUCCAAGUAGUACGAUAUUUGAUGCACAGACAUUCCCCGGUAAUAGCAAAUAUAUGAGUUAUUUCAACAAGAUGGCGACUAGUAAAGUAUUCAUUAGGGAUCUGACGCCAUUCAAUGCCUACACAGCACUUUUGUUCUCGGGACCAAUUACUUUGGAUACUUUAGGUAGAGGUCUUUUGGUAGAUGGUUGGCUACGACUGAGAGGUUGGGCACGUAUUGGUGUAUUAGUUAGUAGAUUGAGGGGUAUGUUGGAUGAUGUUUUGGCAAGGAAAAUUGAUGAGCCGGGAAUGGAUUUGACUGGGAAUGAAGUGGUGGAGGUUGUACUGAGGCUGGUGGAGUUAGAUGGGAUGGAUCAGUAG